AACCUUAUCCCCAUGCAGGCCCCAUGCACCUCUCACAUCACUAUCCCUUCCCCUAUAUAAAUACCACACCCUCACAUGGUAAGAUUCCACUUCAAUUCAUUCAUCUAUUAUUCUAGCUACCAAAUAGUAUCACUUGUAGAAACAAUAACAAAUAGCCCUUAGAUUCUUAACCCUCAAGAGAGAACAAAAGAAGACAAUGGGAAAGUUGUUGUCAUCAUCAUCAUCAUCACUAUCAUCACCUAGGGCAAACAAUGGGAAACCAAAGAAAGGAACUAAGCUUAGGGUAGUGAUGCAAAAGCUCCAGAGGAGCUUUCUGCUGGUCGGGAAGAUGAGGUCAUCGUCAUCUUCCUCAGCCAUACGCCGCUUCGAUGAGUUGGACAACUCUAUCGGACGCAAUGGCAGCGUCCCAGAGGACGUGAAGGAAGGGCAUUUCGCAGUAAUGGCAGUGGAUGAGGAGGAUGAGGAGGAGAUGAAGCGGUUCGUGGUCCCACUGGCUUGUCUGGCGCACCCUUCUUUUGUUAAGCUGUUGGAACGAGCCGCGGAGGAGUAUGGGUUCGAGCGUGACGGGGCUAUAAUGGUUCCUUGUAAGCCAAGCGAGCUCGAAAGGAUUCUUGCAGAGCAAUGGGUUGAGCAGCUCUUGGCUUUAGAAGACAUUAAUUAAUUAAUUAAUUAAUGCAAUGCAUGCAUGCUAUUUUUAUAUAUUACUCUCUUUGUCCACUUUUUAUGGAUCAUUAUGAUUUAUUUUUUGAUACAUUAAUGUUUGAAUGAAUGUGGACGUACGUCAUGUCUUCAUUCACUCGUUUUUUAAUGUAUCUAGAAAAUCAUAAUGACCAGUUAAAACGAUGAGAGUAAUUUGUUUCAUUUUUUCUUUGUGUACCGUUAAUUUGUGUCGGUCAUUUUAUUUGUAGGGUUUGCUAACCAUUCAAUUUUUACUGUCUUUUGAAUAAAUUUUAUUUAAUCAAGCACUGGUUUUUGU